UUCCCGACACUGCUUCUAAUCUUUCUUCCUCACCUACGACCUUCGAAACCAAACCAUCUCCGAAACAGACAAUGCAGUUCUUCGGCGGAUCCGAGAUAAGCCCGUCCCCUCCCGUCCCAACGGCGAGUGGAAACAACGCGCACAUGAUGUACGUGUUCAACCGCAACGGCGUGUGUCUCCUCUACAAAGAGUGGAACCGGCCUCUCCACACGCUCAACCCUCAGCAAGAUCACAAGCUCAUGUUCGGUCUCCUCUUCUCCCUCAAAUCGCUAACCGCCAAAAUGGACCCCACCAAUGCGGAUAAGGGGAAUCUAGGGGUUCCGCAGUUGCCAGGACAAGGAUGCUCUUUUCAUAGUUUUAGAACCAAUACUUACAAGCUUAGCUUCAUGGAGACUCCCUCUGGUAUUAAGAUUAUCUUGGUAACUCAUCCAAAGACUGGAGAUUUACGCGAAUCCCUUAAGUACAUCUACGGUUUAUACGUUGAGUAUGUGGUAAAAAAUCCUAUCUACAGCCCAGGAUCUCCAAUCAAGUCAGAGUUGUUCAACACUGCACUUGACCAGUAUGUGAGGAGCAUCUCUUAGUGUGUGCAUUACAAGAUUUGGCAAUUGGAACUUCUCUGCUUCACUGAACUUUCUCCUGAACAAUCUCCUAGAUAAGAGAGAGUUGUAGUAGAAAGAUCAAUCUCGAGUACACUGCUUUCCUCUGCAAAUAUAUGUUUUGUUCUCUUUUUUUUAUAUGAAAAUCAAUGUAUUGGCUUGUUUUCAAAGAUGUUUAUGGUUAAACGCAAAUCUUGAGAUACCAUAUGAGCAAGAAACCGUAAUUUGAAUAUUUUACGUAA